AGAGACGAAAAAAAUCAACUUUCCUUCUGUGUAUUUCAAAUACAACUGGGUGGUCCAUUUCCGACGUCGGGAAUAAGUCGUCAUAUCAAUCCCGAUGUUUGGGAUAUUUAUCGGCUCAUUCACGGACCCUUAGAUUUCUCGAAAACACAGGCUUUUACACAAUUUAUUUUCUCUCAAAUAUCAUACAAAAAUGCCUGGCUCCUUUUCUGAAGAUAUGGCACCACCUCAAUACAGCUUUAUGGACGAUUACAGCGAGGGUGCACACCCCCAACUUCUCGAAGCUCUUGUGCGCACCAACUCGACCCAGCAAGUCUCCUAUGGAAACGAUGAGCACAGCAAUGAAGCCCGCCAAUUAAUCCGGACCAAGCUUUCUGCCACCGAGGAUGAGGUAGCCAUUCACUUUGUGCCUAGCGGAACUUCCGCCAAUCUCAUCUGCAUCGCGAGCUGUUUACGACCUUUCGAGGCGGUGUUGACCAUCGACUCUGGACAUGUUGUUAGUAAAGAAGCGGGUGCUAUUGAGGCUACUGGACACAAGCUGAUUGUUGUCCCUGGGGAAGGAGGAAAAAUGACGCCCCAAAAUUUAGAGAAGGCUGUUCGCCAGAAUCAGUUCUUCCCGCACAACGCUAAACCGCGGCUGGUUUAUAUUUCCAAUGCCACGGAGCUGGGAACGAUCUAUACCAAACGAGAACUGGAAGAUAUCAGUGCUGUGUGCAAACGCUGGGACCUGUUGCUUCUCAUAGAUGGCGCUCGUAUUGGAGUAGCCCUGAGUGCCCCGUCAAAUGAUUUGACACUGCGAGACCUAAUCGACCUAACCGACAUAUUCUGGAUUGGUGGUACCAAGAAUGGUGCAUUACUGGGGGAAGCAAUUGUUGUACGGAACCACCUGGCGGACGGCUUUGCUUUCUAUUUGAAGCAACACGGUGCAUUGCUGGCCAAGGGUCGCAUAAUAGGGGUUCAGUUUGCAGAGCUCUUCCGGGAGAAUCUCUUCUCUGAACUUGCAGCAAAUGCCAACAACGUGGCCCAGAUGAUUUCAGACAAUUUUCAGAGCCUGGGUUAUCAACUAUCCGCGAAAACCGAGACAAAUCAAGUAUUUGUGAGGUUGCCAGAAAGCUUGGUUAGACGGCUUGAGGAACGGUUUCGCUUUUAUACUUGGGAGCAUCUCGACGAUCAACAAGUUGUGGUUAGGAUCGUUACGUCGUGGGCUACGGACACAUCAAUAGUGGAUAAGUUCAACGCGUGGGUUCAUAAGUGGACUAUAUAAACCAAUCUGCAAUAUCAAUCAUGAGAAGUGUACGCAAAUUUCAAUGAAACAAGCUCAGUACAGUCUAGCUGCCUUCAAUACUGAGUGCUAUCGACUAUACAGCGGUCUUUGCCCUAGAAAUAGCUAGUCAAUACCAGUACGAACGGCAACUUAUGAUAAUUGGCAUUUAGGGAGGUUUAUACAAUUGAAGCGCUAGUAGUAAUAGCAGUACAUAUAGAG